AUGCACGAUACGGUUCGGCAGGUGACGGGAGAAGAAAAGGCGAAGCUGUUCGAGGCGAAGGACGGCAUCAUCGUUGUGGAACAGAAGGGGAUUCUGAUGAGGUGGCAAAAGUCGAUGAUCUAUUCGCAGAUAACAGGGGAGAGAGACCGACGGUUCGGAAGGGUGCACCGACGAGCACCUAAUAGGUAUAAUAGUCGAGAUAUGGAAAGAUCUAAACUUGGUGUCUUCGCAACCAUUGCAGUCUUCAUACAAUACUUUAUCAAUGCCAUGGUCGUGAAAUCGCUCGGCAUUCUUCUUGUGUCCAUGAUGAAUGAGUUUGAAGCAGAAACCUGGGUCGUUGGCACGGUCUUUUCCCUCGUCGAGUGCGGUAAGGAUAUAUUUGGUCCUCUGGCGGCACCGAUUGGACGGAAGUUUGGAGCGCGUGCCGUUGUCAUGGUAGCUGGUGGUAUGAUCGGCUUGGGAUUCAUCUUGACCUCACGAGCCUCUAACGUCUUGCAGAUGGCACUCCCACUUAUUCUGCUAAUAGCUUUAGGGCAGUGUUUAGCCAACGUUCUGACCCGUUCUUCCCUCGGUGAGCAUUUCGAUGUGAAGGAUUUUGCACUAGCGUCAGGGGUCGCCAGGAUAGGUUCCUCUCUUAGUCUCGUCUGUCUACCGCCUCUGGUACAGCUAUUCCUCAACACCUAUGGUUGGAGAGGAGCCAUGCUCCUGGUCGGAUCGAUUGGUACCCAUCUCACUGUAAGCGGUGCCCUAUUAAAACCUGUACCGAAGUGGUCCGAAGCAAGAGUCGGCUACCAGUCGCUUCCUGAUUCUUCCCGUCAUCAGCCCCGACCAGUUCACAAACCAGAUAAACAUACCGACUGUACUCUUACGUCAUUCAGAUCUUUUUUGGAGAAAAGCUGGGGAGCUUUGGACAUUUCAUUGAUGAAGAGCCUAACCUUUUUGGAGAUUACUCUAAUUGUCGUGACUACUCGAAUCAGCCAAUCAGCGUGGUAUAUCUAUUUUGUUCCACGCGUUGUUGCCAUUGGGUUCUCCAACGAAGAAGCCGCGGGCAUGGUAUCGGUUGCAGCGGUGUUUCAGCUGGUCACCUUCACGCUCGGAGGCAUAGCUUUGUAUAAAGAGAAGAUGACGAGUUCCAGCGCUAUGAUGGUGAGUGUCGGUCUGGUUGCCGUCUCCUUUCUGAUUGACCCCUGGGUGACGUCAUGGUGGUCCGUGUCAGCCAACGCCGCCCUCUUUGUCUCAAGUAUGGGUAUGGUGUUCACCAUGGUCGACUUCAUGGUGAAAGAGUUGCUCGGGGUCGACAAGAUGGCGGACGCCUUUGGCUGGAUGGGAUUCCUGUCUGGGUUAAUUCGACCUCUCGCCGGAUUUAUUCCAGGCUGGAUCUAUGACCACACUGGUAGCUACGACACGGCCUUCGUCAUUCUGGGGGUCAUCCAAAUCACAGCACUGAUUCCACUUCUCAUUAAAAGACUAAAAAACAUGUGGCCUUUAAAUGCCAAUUGA